UUAGUUAGGUUUAAUAACAUUGUUUAUAAGGUGGCCAUAACGAAAUAACAAAUAUAAUCAAAAAUUUCAAACAAUUGUGAGAAAAAUGUUCAGAAGAACAGGAGCGUUACUGCUUAAAAAUAUAAAAAAUUACACAGCAAGACGUUAUGGACAUGAAGGAGGUGUUCCAGGAGAGAAUCUGCCGUUUGGCAAGUCACUUGGCAGACCUACCAAAUUGUCAUUUCUCUUCAUGUUAUAUUUUGGGUCGGGAUUUUGGACCCCUUAUUUCCUUUUUAUGUAUAUGUAUUUAAAAUAAAUG